CGCACCGCAGGCGGACCUCUGUGUCUUCUCAGCAGCAGUUUGUGGGCUUUGAGUCUCCGGGCUGAGAACUGAAGAACAAACUUUUACAUCCUCAGAUUAACACUUUUUAUUGAUCAGUUAAUUUGGGAUCUAUCAGACCUGAUCAGAUGAUAUCUGAUCCAUGGAUUAAAUGAUCAGCUGCUGAUGAGACAUGGGGUGUGUUUGUGUGUGGCUGGUGGGUGUCUGCAUGGUGAGUGUGUUUGUCGGGGCUCAUACCUCACUGGAUAGAGGUGACCACGCCCACACGGACCACCAUCACCACCUGGAUUCAAAUGGAAAUGCAGCCUCAGAUCUGUGUGCGAUAGACCUGGAGCUCUGCGAGGACGAGAACUCUCUGCUGAGUUUUGCGGCGAUCUGCAGCAUCCACAAACAGAUGGACGACGACGCCGAUGGGACAGUGGACACAACCGAGACUGACGAGUUUCUCAGGGAGGAUCUGAAUUAUCACGACCCCAAAGCCAAACACAGCAGCUUUCACCGAGUCGACCUGCACAUCAGCGUUGAGGACAUGUGGAGCGCCUGGAAGAGCUCAGAGGUGUAUAACUGGACGGUGCAGCAGGUGGAGGACUGGCUGGUCCACUGUGUGGAGCUUCCUCAGUACUCAGAGACCUUCAUGAAACGCCAGCUGGACGGGAAGGCCUUACCCAGGCUGGCGGUGAAGAACACUACACUGACCUUCACUUUGCUCAAGAUUUUAGACAGAAGUCACACUCAGAAACUACAGCUCAAAGCUCUGGAUAUCAUCCUGUUUGGACCUCCGCCAGGCCGACAGAAAUGGUGGAAGGACCUGGUUCUGGGAAUGUCUGUCCUGAUGGCACUGGGUGGCUGCUGGUUCGCCUACGUCCAGACCAGGAAGUCUAGAGACGACCUUGGGCAGCUAAUGAAGGACCUGGAGGGUCUGCAGAGGGCCGAGGAGAGCCUGAUGGACCUGCAGGAUAAGCUGCAGAAGGCUCAGGAGGAUCAGCGCUGUGUUCAGGUGGAGAAGGUGAAGGUGGAGGAGGAGCUGAGGGGCGAGAUUAACUCAGCAAAACAGGAAGCCCAGCGCCUGAGAGAGCUCCGAGAGGGAACUGAGAACGAGAGGAGCCGGCAGAAGUACGCCGAGGAGGAGCUGGAACAGGUUCGCACAGCGCUGAAGAAGGCAGAGCGGGAGCUGGAGUCCCGGGCUCGUUGGGCUCCACCAGAGGCUCUGCAGAAGUGGCUGCAGCUGACGCACGAGAUCGAAGUUCAGUACUACAACAUCAAGAAACAGAGCGCAGAGAGACAGCUGCUGCAGGCCCGCGAGGGGGCUGAGAAGAUCAAGAAGAAGAGGAGCUCUCUGUUCGGGACAUUUCACGUGGCUCACAGCUCCUCGCUGGACGAUGUCGACCACAAGAUCCUCUCUGCCAAACAGGCCCUGGCCGAGGUGACCUCUGCCCUGAGGGAGAAGCUGCACCGCUGGCAGCAGAUCGAGUCUCUGACGGGUUUCUGCGUGGUCAAUAACCCGGGUCUGGGAGCACUGGCUGCUGCCCUCAACUUGGACCCCUCCUUCCUGGGCCUGCGACCUGCGACCCCUCAGCACCUCCUCCUCUCUGACGACCUGGAUGAUAUGGAUGAGGAUAUCCUGUCUCCUGGGACGCUGCAGUAUGCAGCAUGGCAGAUGGACCGGCGAGUGAGCGACCUGUGGCCCCUGAGCGGCAUUGCAGAAACCCAGUCAUCAUGGAAACACUCCGCUCAGAGUCUGAUACCCCUGCGACAGAGGAUAGGAGACCCCGCUGCGAUGUUUGGCUCUCAGAGGGACAUCCUGAACCACGCAGACUCUGACUCUGCCCUCCCUCUUUCUUAUGAGGAGUCUCGGAGUCUCUACAGCUCCAAACCCUUCCUUCUUUCCUCUAGGCUCCACCCCCUGCAGAGUCAGGGCUCUGGAGGAGGAGGGGGCCUGGAGAAGAGCUCCAGUCUGGGGGAGCUUCGGGGGGGCUCUGCUGCCAACCUAACGUCCUCCUGCUCCACCCGCUCCCUCUGCAUCACACCCAACACCAUCGACAGCCCUGUCAUCACCUCAUCUAGCUCAUCAGGCAGCAGUCGGGGGACGGGCCUCCAGCUUCCGACCAGGAGGAGUCCUGUGGAGGAGGACGGGGGGGAGGAGAGUGAGUCGUCCAGCAGCCGGAGGAGAAAUGCUUUUAAUAAGAUCUUUAAGAAGAAGCAGGGACGCCACUGAACAGACCUCAAACCUGCUUCACCUGCUGGAGACUCCCGUUUGGACUCAUGAAUCCGUAAUAACAUCAACAAACCAGACAUUCACUCACAAGGAGAACCUUUAUUCGUCUUUUUGUAUUCAUCUGUCCGUCAAACCUCUGGAUCCUCACUGCUCCUUCACUGAGGAAAGGUCUGAUUCAGACCAGACCAGACAGAAAAUAAGACUUCUGUCUCAACAACAACUGAUUCAACUACGAGAAGAAGAAGUGUGAUUGGAGGACUGUGGACUGUAAAGUGUACUAAGUAGGUAGUAAAUAUUGGACUCAUGAACCCGUCUUCCUUCAUUUUUUCAUUUGAAUAUGCUGUAUAAUGCAUGGUAAAUUUCUCCAAACAAAGCCUUCAGAUCAUCUUCUUUCUUAAGGUCCAGAGAAGGAAGGAAGAAACCCAUCCUGAUAAAUCACUCUGCUUUGUUUUGAUGUCUUGAAUAAAUGCCUCACAGGUUUAGAUCACUAUAAAGAAAUCAUAAAGAAAGAGAACCCCUGAAUGUAGCACUUAAAAAAUAUAUAAUAAAUAAAUGGAUACACAUGGAUGAUGAGGUUAUAAACUGAGAGUCUGCAUAUCCUCCACAGAGGCCAAAUUUGUGUUUAUUUUUUAAUUCAAAUCCUUUUUUAAAAGAGGACUGGGGCAUUGAAACAGAUGAAAAGAAUAUUAAUAUUGGACCUUUAAGCUCAAAAGUACAACUUUGAUCUCAGAAUUCUGAUUUUGGUCUUAGAAUACUGACUUUCAUCUCUGACUUCUGACUUUCAUCUCAGAAGUCUGCCUCUGAUCUCAGAAUUCUGACUUUGAUCCCUGAUGUCUGACUUUGAUCUCUGACUUUGAUCCCUGAUGUCUGACUUUGAUCUCUGACUUUGACCUUGGAAUUCAUAUUUUCUCCCUGACCAGUUAGGUAGUUAGUAACAGUAGUGAUGAUAGUACUUUGAGAUGCUAAUUAUGUCUGGUAAGGAAAACGUAGUGACUAAAAGAAUGAACAGUCGACUCCUCCAAGUGGCGUUUAGUUCAACCAAGUGGUUAACGUCAGUCUUUGCUAUCCCAUGUCUGACUCACUCCUCUUCCUGCCCUCUGUGAAUCUAAAUGGGACCAUCAUUUACUAAAUGAUCAUCAUGCUGUGUUGAAGAGGACUUGAAACUACAGAUUGAGACCAUAAACUCAUUAGUGUUUACUGAGGGAAUAAAUCAGCUGAGGAGGACCAUUUUCUCACAGACUGAUAUACAAUCAGAGGAGUCGCCCCCUGCUGGACUUAGAGAGACUGCAGGUUUAAGACACUUGCAAUGAUGUCAUUUUGAACCAAAGAGGAGGAAAUCACUUCUCACAUAAAGAUAAUUUAAGUUUUCUUGUGUUUUUACAGGAAAACACGUUUUCAUUUUUCAGUGUUAUGUAACGUUUAGGUGUUUUAUUAGCAGUGUUUAAACUAGUGUGGAAAGAUCUCAUGCAACAGUUUCCCUCCAUGAAGACGUCACUGCACCGCCAACAUCUUCCUCCUGUGGUCAGCUCAUUCAAUUUAUUAUCACUGUUUGAACUCACCUAUACAGGAAAUCUAAGACUUUACUAUGACUAUUAAAAAAUAUCGGCACAGUUUGGAGUCUCACACACACACACACACACACACACACACACACACACACACUCUUUAAUAAACCAACUGGUGUGUGUGUUCUAUUUUAGUAUGUCUAGCAGGACACAGAUUUAAAUCUAGUUAACUCUAUUUACUCUGAACAAAAUGUCACAUUGUGUUUAUUAAUAGAAAGCAGCUGUCGGUGAGAGCUGCUGUAUGAGGACUCCAUUACCCAGAAUUCCUGUCACAUGAUGCCAGUAAACUAAACAAUGUCUUUGUGAGCAUCAGAAAGACGUGACAGAGAUGCUUUUUUUUGCAGCAGGAAGAUAAUCCAACGUGUUUUUAUUUAUGAAUAUGAAAGCAGAAAUAAAUAAACUAUUGAAGAUUA